AUGAAAUAUGAUAUAUUUUGUGAAAGGAAUGAAGGAGACACAGUUAAGAAGAAUGGGAAGGAUCUGAAAAAGGUAAAAAGCUUAAUGAGAAAAGGUGAGUUCUUAACUAGCACCAUAUGGGAAACCCACAAAAAGCGAUGUCUAAUUCAACGACAAUUUCUCUUCACCCAAGAUUCUAUCAGCAACCUGACAGAAAUAGCAGAGGUGGCAGAUUUGUUAGCUCUCCUUCCAAUGGUACAAGCAUUCAGGAACGUCAACAUGUGUUCAUGGCCUCUUGACAACCCUCCUACCCAGCAGUCCUCCCGCCGAGUGCCAGGAUACAGUGGCAGCCCAGCACUGCAGAGACUGACAAUUAUCCUGCACUUAAGCCGACUCCGCGGGAAGGAAAGUUCCUCUCCCGACCCCGAGCCUGGUGAACAGCGGACGUCAUUCGGUAAGGAUUCCAUUUUGUUUACUCAUAAUCCCACCUGGGAUGAUUGUCAGCAGCUGUUGCAGGUGCUCUUCACCACGGAAGAACGGGAGCGAAUUCUGGCAGAGGCGCGGAAACGGGUACCAGGGGUCGACGGGAGGCCAACCGCCCAGCCUCAUCUUGUGGACGAGGGGUUUCCUCUGUUGCGGCCUAACUGGGAUUUUGAGCGGGUGGAAGGUAGGGAGCGUCUCCGAGUGUACCGCCAGACUCUAAUGGCUGGCCUGCGGGCUGCAGCAAGAAAGCCGACAAAUCUGGCAAAGGUAAAUUUAGUAAGGCAAGAGCCCACUGAAAGCCCGGCAGCCUUCCUAGAGAGGCUGAUGGAAGCUUUCAGGCAAUAUACACCUAUGGACCCCCAGGCUGAGGAGUCACGCGCUGCAGUUUUGUUAGCGUUUGUGAAUCAGGCAGCCCCAGAUAUUAGGAAGAAAUUACAAAAGGUAGAGGGAUUGGGAGAACAGACAAUACAGGAUUUACUGAAAGUAGCUGAAAAGGUAUUUAAUAAUAGGGAGACCCCAGAAGAAAGGGAAGAGCGAAUUCGGCGGGAGGAAAGGGAAUUAGCGGAAAAGAUCAGGAAAGAAGAGAGGGAACAUAGGGCGAGGGAAAACCGGAAGAACCAGAAGGAGCUAGCCCAGAUUCUUUUUGCGGGGUUAAAGGCCGGAACAGAAUUGAGGGAACCUCGAGACCCCCGGACGGGAGAAAAAGAAAAACCAAAAAGGCAGGCCCUAAAGAAGGAUCAGUGCGCCUACUGCAAAGAACAGGGGCACUGGAAAAACGAGUGCCCUAAGAGGGACUCAAGGAGAGGAAUGACCCAGAGAGAGAAAAUCCCCCCCGGAACUCGAGUUCUAUAUGCGGGGGAAGACAGUGACUAGGGGAGUCGAGACUCGGCACCCCUCCCCGAGUCCUGGGUAACCAUACAUGUGGAGGGGAAACCCGUUGGCUUCAUGGUGGAUACUGGCGCCCAACACUCUGUUUUAAAUCAAAAACUGGGACCAAUGUCUAAGAAAGCCAGCUUAGUGCAAGGAGCCACGGGGACAAAAAGAUAUUGUUGGACCACAGAACGGAAAGUAAAUCUAGGGACCCACCAGGUGUCCCAUUCGUUUUUGGUGAUACCAGAAUGCCCAGCCCCUCUACUUGGAAGAGACUUGUUGACUAAGGUUAAUGCUCAGAUCCAUUUUGACCCAGGGGGAAUGUCAGUCACGGAUGGACUUGGACAACCGAUACAUGUCUUGUCCCUAGCCUUAAGGGAUGAAUACAGACUUUUUGCGCCUAAGCCCUCAGAGACCAUAGCACUAGAUGUACAACCGUGGGUCCAUAAAUAUCCAUUGGCCUGGGCAGAAACAGCAGGAAUGGGACUAGCUAAACAGAGACAUCCGGUCGUCAUCGAGCUAAAGGCCGAGGCAGUUCCUGUGAGGGUGAGACAGUACCCUAUGAGCCAAGAAGCUCGGCGGGGGAUCACUCCCCACAUUCGACGGCUCAUGGAGGCCGGAAUUCUCAGGCGAUGCCGAUCCCCUUGGAACACCCCCUUACUGCCGGUGAAGAAGCUAGGGGGGACAGAUUACAGACCAGUCCAAGACCUGCGAGAAGUCAACAAACGGGUGAGUGACAUACACCCAACUGUCCCUAACCCGUAUACCCUCCUGAGCAGUUUACUGCCUGAGUACACUUGGUACACUGUGCUGGACUUGAAGGAUGCCUUUUUCAGCCUACCCCUGGCAGUCCAGAGCCAAGAGAUAUUUGCCUUUGAGUGGACUGAGGAGGAGGGCCAACCAGUAGUACAAUUAACUUGGACCCGCCUCCCACAGGGGUUCAAGAACUCCCCUACCUUGUUUAAUGAGGCUCUGAGUGAGGACCUCUACGAAUAUCGGGCUUGCCACCCAGAGGUCAUUCUGCUACAAUAUGUAGAUGACCUUAUGUUGGCUGGAACCACAGAGGAAGCUUGCAGCCGUGCCACUGGGGACCUAUUACAGACCCUAGGCAUCUUGGGGUAUCGCGCUAGCGCAAAGAAGGCACAAAUAGCCCAGCAAGAGGUCACCUAUUUGGGGUAUAAGAUCAGGCAGGGGCAAAGGUGGCUAACCCAGGCCAUGAAAGAAACAAUAUUGCAGAUACCAGAGCCCAAAAACCCCCGCCAGGUGAGAGAGUUUCUGGGGACUGUUGGAUAUUGCAGACUGUGGAUUAUGGGGUUUGCUGAGAAGGCCCGGCCCUUAUAUGAGGGAAGUAAAGAGACCCCAAAGUGGACUUGGACUGAGCCAAUGAAACAGGCUUUCCAGACACUCAGACGGGCCCUACUAGAAGCCCCAGCCCUUGCCCUGCCUAACCCAAAUAAGCCAUUCCAGCUGUUUAUAGAUGAAAAGCAAGGAAUAGGAAAGGGGGUCUUGACUCAACAAUGGGGACCAUGGAAGCGGCCGGUAGCAUACCUUUCGAAGCGAUUAGACCCGGUGGCCGCUGGGUGGCCCCCUUGCCUUCGCAUCAUUGCAGCUACAGCCCUCCUUGUCCGCGACGCUGACAAGUUGACGUAUGGACAGCAACUCUCGGUUUACACCCCCCACGCCGUGGAAGGGGUUUUAAAGCAGCCGCCGGGUAAGUGGAUCUCCAAUGCCCGCUUGACACACUACCAGGCCUUGCUGCUCGAUGCCCCACGGGUGCGUUUUCAGACCCCUUGCUUCCUAAAUCCGGCCACGCUCCUACCCAAUCCAGAGAAGGACAGCCCUCUCCAUGAUUGCAGUGAGAUACUGGCUGAGGCCCUGGCGGCACGAAAAGACUUAACUGAUGUACCCCUAAGCAACAGUGAGCUAGUAUGGUUCACCGAUGGGAGCAGUUAUGUAAAAGAUGGGCAAAGGAAGGCGGGAGCAGCCAUAGUUGAUGAUUCAGGGCAGACGAUAUGGGCUGAGACACUACCCCCAAACACUUCUGCACAAAAAGCAGAAUUGAUUGCCCUAAUACAGGCUCUGGAGCAAGCCAAAGGGAAGAGAGUCACCAUUUUUACUGACAGCCGAUAUGCUUUCAGCACUGCCCAUAUUCAAGGUCCCAUAUACCAAGAAAGGGGAUUUCGGACAGCUGAGGGAAAAGAGGUCAAAAAUCUGCCUGAGAUUCGCAGGCUCUUGGAAGCUGUCCAACUACCCCGGGCAGUAGCUAUAGUACAUGUCCCCGGUCACCAGAAGGGAGAAGACCCUAAGGCGCUGGGCAAUCGUGCUGCUGAUGCGGCCGCUCGAGAAGCGGCUAGCCGGGACUAUGCCGCCCCCAUAUUAGCCGAUACCACCCUCCAGAAAGAUGACCAAGAUGGAUGGUACCGAGACCAAAACAACAACCUGAUCUUGCCUGCCUCCCUGGGUCGUCACCUGUGUGAACACCUGCACACAACUACACACUUGGGAGAAAAAAAGACCCUAACACUUCUCCAGAUGGCCUGCCUGAGGUUCCCUCGUCAAAAUGUAACUGUACGAGAGAUAAUUCAAGCCUGCAAAGCGUGCCAGCUGAUGAGGGCAGAGAAGAAGCAGCACUCGGGAACGAGGUACCGAGGGGAAAAGCCAGGGCAACAUUGGGAGAUAGAUUUCACCGAGGUAAGGCCAGGCAAGUAUGGGUACCGCUAUCUGUUGGUACUGGUAGAUACCUUCUCGGGGUGGGUAGAAGCUUUCCCCACUAAGGGAGAGACAGCAAUAGUGGUUGCUAAAAAGAUCUUAGAGGAGAUAGUGCCUAGGUAUGGGCUGCCAGUGACUAUGGGCUCUGAUAAUGGACCUGCCUUUGUGAGCCAGAUUGUACAAGGGCUGGCCCAAGCUCUGGGGACGAAAUGGAAGUUACAUUGCGAAUAUAAUCCCCAGAGCUCAGGACAGGUUGAGAGAAUGAAUCGGACCCUAAAAGAAACUUUGACAAAGUUGGCAAUAGAGACUGGCGGGGACUGGGUGACCCUCCUCCCCUUUGCACUCUUUCGGGCACGUAACACCCCUUAUAAGCUGAAUCUUACUCCUUUUGAGAUUCUGUAUGGAAGACCCCCUCCUGUGUAUCCUAUUUUCAAAGGAAAAUAUCUGCCACCCCCUACUUUGGGACAAUUCCAGCAAACUCUGAUAGCAUUAAGUAAGGUGCAUAACCAUGUUUGGAAAUUGAUUCGAGAGAUACAUGAGGGCCAAAACAAGAGGGCCCUCCCCUCACAUAAUAUUGGCCCAGGUGAUUGGGUUUGGGUAAAACGACACCAAUCUAAAGUAUUAGAACCUAGAUGGAAAGGCCCUUAUGUUGUUCUCCUUACCACUCCUACCGCUGUCAAGGUCGACGGGAUUGGACCCUGGGUUCAUUGCAAUCAC